CUGCAGCCCGCUGCGCUCAGCUUCGGCGUGGUGCUCCGCGCCUGCGCCAAGGGCGGGCGGUGGCGGCACGCGCUCGCUCUGCUCGGCCGACUGCGGCUUGCCGAGCUGGACCCCGGCUCCGACGGCUACGGCGACGCGAUCGUCGCCUGCGAGAGGGACGGGCCGUGGCAGCAGGCGCUGCUUCUGCUGGGCGAGCUCAG